AUGGUGGUGUCCAACACUUUCAACUUCUAUCCCGAUACUCCAACACGACCCUUGACAAGUGAUUCAAGACAGCACAUCACUGCUCCAUCCUACAGCUCAAUGGAUGCCAAGAAAGGAGCCGUCGAGGUGAACGAAAUCCCUCUGAAUCAGAUUCCCUCGAGCCCACCUCCUUCCGAGAAACCGUUGGCGAAGUCAGAGACUCUCCGAAGAUCGCAAGAACUGGCAAGACCCAAACGGAAGCCUAAACCAAGACCAUUUGACCGUGUUGGACGAUCAUGCUCAGACCAGUCGAUCGUAAUCAAGGGUACCAUAAUUGCAGCUGUUACUGCUAUACCAUUCGUGGUGUUUCUCCUUAUUGCUCUCUUUGCCUUUCCCUCAAAGACACCUGUUGGUGAAAAGGACCUUGGCGUGACCUUGGUUCGUCUAGCAAAAUGGCUGCUGGUAUCCUGGGGUAGCUUUAUUGGCCUGUUGUACUGCGGCAGAAUCGUAGCCAUGUUUGCCGCAUACCUAUGCACAUUGUCGUCAGCAUCAUACAGAUUUCGCGGAUUGGCAAGAGAAUGCUGCUUGAGAUUGACCCUCAUGCUCUGGGCUGGUGUCGGCUAUGCCAUCAUGCCAAACAUGUUCAACCACUCACACCUUAAUUCUGGCACUGUCAAGGCAAAGGCCACGGACUGGGUGAACAACCUCCGACGAGCAUUUAUGUUUCUCAUCAUCGCUUUUGCAAUUAUCUUUGUGCAAGGCGUCCUACUCGAAUUGAUCAAGAUUCAGUACAUUGAAGGCUUCAUCGGACCGCGAGCAGAAAAGGCGUCGAACGAGCUUGAGGUGAUCAAGGAUCUGAACAACCUUGUCGAUCGACACAUCAGCUCGGACGAUAUUUCCAUUCUGACAAAACUGUUCAACAAGCUUUUCCUGCCGACCAACUCCAACGAUCUCUACUACAUCAUCUCACGAGGUGAGGGAGACGAAGAGAAAUGGAACGAGUAUGCCGCCAAUAUUUGGUCGUCAAUCACGAACGGACGAACUUUCCUUACCAUGUCCGACCUUUCUCAGCAAUUGAUAGCCAUGAACCGCGACCCUGAACGAGGACGAGAUCUUUUCCUCCAAUUGGACGAAAGCUGCGAUGGACAGAUUACAGAGGACGAAGUCACUAGACUUGUGCAUCGUAUUGGUCUCAUGCUCAACCGCCGUACACAGGCUAUGACCGGAAUUCAACGCCUGAUGCAGAAACUCGAGAUCGUUCUCACCAUCCUGGUGCUAGGUCUCAUUGUCUUUCUUUAUGUCCAAUUCUUCGAACAAGACUACGCAAAGAACAUAGGCAGUCUCUGGACUGGCAUCGUUGGUCUUGCCUUCGCCUUCUCUGGUGCCGUUUCCGAGUUCGUCAACAGCUCGGUCUUCUGCUUUGGCAAGCAUCCAUACGAUAUCGGUGACUUCGUAGAACUAAAAGGCAAGAAAUUCAUCGUCAGCAACAUCUUCCUCACACACACCAACUUCGAGCAAGUACAAAACGAGCACGUACGAGGGCUUGCGACUCAAAUCAGCCAUGCUGCAUUAGCUACAGAGCCUAUCAUCAACUGGACUAGAACAGUGGAAGACGCAACAAGACGACAUGCCAAGGCUGAGGAUGAAUCCGGCGCCAGGGAUGUUCAGAGAAAUGAUAACGUUGCAGAAUUGGUGACCGCAAAGUUGGAGCACUUGAGAGGAGCUGAAGUCAAAGUCAAGGGCGAGUAG